AUCUAUCAAUGAUGGAUGAUGCCUCCAAAGAAGAGAAAGCGUCGAACAAUCCCCCUCUCCCCUUAGCUGUCCUCCAUCGUCGCUCAAUUAUCGACAUUAUUCAAUUCACGAUCGAAUUCACUCCAGACUGCUUCAUCCUUAUCCCUCACUUCCAUGCAUCAACCUGCUUCACCACACGUGUAUUUACAAUCUGAAACUCCACCGACUCGAUUGCCACCUCCUAUAAAUCGGCCGUGUCUUGCUUGCUGCUGCUUCUGCACACAUACCUGCUCAAGUCAUGGCUCCGAGGCGGCGGCUGCUUCUGCUGCUUUCUCCUCUUCUCGCCUCCCUGCUGCUGUGUGUCUGUUUUGCGGCGGAACCAGGAAUAUUGUGCGGAAGGACAGGGGGAGCUCUGUUCGCCUACACGGCCAUUGACUGCGUGGGGCUGUGCGGAGAGAGGUGCAAAUUGUCGUCGAGGCCGAACCUGUGCAAGAGGGCGUGCAGGACGUGCUGUACGCGGUGCAGCUGCGUGCCGCCGGGGACGUACGGGAACUACGACAGCUGCCCUUGCUAUGGACAGAUGACCACCCAUGGCGGCCAACGCAAGUGCCCUUGAUUGGUUCAGUACUCUUGGGGGAAGAUGAAGUUGUGUGUCAUGGAGAGAGCUCGAAAUUGCAGAGGGCGAAGAUAUGAACAGAGUACUCUGAGAUAUGUUUGUCACUGGUGUAUAUAUAUAUAUAUAAUAAAUCUUGUGUUAGAAUAAAUCAAUCGAGUCGUUGUAGUA